ACCUGAGAACGGGAGAUGUUGCAGGCGAUCUUUCCAGCCUCCCACAGAUCACUCCAGCCCCUGAGGUCUGCUCAGGCAGGCAGCUCUCCUGUUGGUGUAUCCAGGUGAGGGGUGGUAAGUGGUCAUGCUGUGGAGACGUGUUCAUUUCCCUGCUUCCCCUCUGCCCACGCCCCUUACUCUUUUUUCUACCCAGAAAAUCAGGGUUUGUCUCCCAGGAGAACAUUGCCCCCCCCUUCUCAGCUUCUGCUUGGACCAGUGCCAGGUAAAGAGCACGUUCCAUCCAGCUGAGAAGCUGUGGCAGUGGUUGCAGGAAGGUGUCCUGUGCCACACCUGUCUUCUGAGGUUAGUGAAUUUGGGGUGGGGGGUGAAAGGCUUUGAUGCCCAGAUGUGGUGACAUCAGCAGGAGGCUGAAAAGGAGGACCUGAGCUAACACACUCCCGUUCACUUAUCUGUCCUUUGAUUUGCUCUCAUCCACCCACUGACCGUCCAUCACCUGUCAUGCACUGCUCUAGGUGCUGGGACGCUCCCUGAGUCAACAUAUUGGACAAAAUUCCACCUGUGGAAUCACAGUCUGUGUUUCCAUGAGACCCACAGGCAGAGUCAAGUCUGAGAAGUGCUCUUACUGGGCAUUUGGCCCCAGCAGGCAGAAGCAGGUUAGGUGGGGAGAUUACGCAAUAAACAGGACCCGGCCCAGCUCCACCCCUUCCUCACUCCCCUCCUCACUGCCUGUCCCACCCCUCAGCUGGGAUAUGAAAAGCUCUGUCAGCCCCCAGCUUUCCUCAGAAGCCCUCUUGCAAGGCCACGAACAUGAGCCGGCUCUGCCUCUCCAUCGCCCUCCUCGUCCUCCUGGGCACCCUGGUGGCCUGCACCCCAGGGGCUGAACACAAGAGCCGUGCCAGAGACCCACCGCCCGCCUUCUGCCUGGAGCCUCCCUUCAAGGGUCUCUGCAAGGCUAUCUUUAUCAGGUACUUCUACAACGCCACCUCCAGGCUCUGCGAGACCUUCAAAUAUGGCGGGUGUGACGCCAAGCAAAACAACUUCUUGACGUCAGAGGACUGCAUGAGGACAUGCGGUGGUGCCGAAAGGCCCUGGAAGGACCUGUGAACCGUGCUCCCCCAACAUGCUGAAGUCCAAGGAGGACCCACGCAGGGCUGGGCUGUGGCUGCUUCUGAAACAGUUCAGCCUCCCCGGCUUCCUUCUCAACCCUACCCUCCUCAGCAGAACGCUGCCUCUUUCCUCCCCCCAUGGGUCUACUUGCUUUAGCUCUGUCUCAUCCAGUCGGCUCUAAGCGCCAUGAGAGACAGUCUUCCCUUUAUCCCUAGUGCUUAGCAUGGUUCCUGGCACAAAGGAGACGGUCCAUAAAUAUUUGAGGAAGGAAGGAAGGAAUACAGGAGCACAUUCCUCAUGACUGGAGUGACUGCAGGGCCUGGGAUUUGAAGCAAGUAUUCUAACCCUAACCCUCAUCCUCACUGCAUCCUCACCUUCAUCCCCCACCCCACCAUCACUGCUCUCCUUGUGGGUAUCGUUGGUGGAAUUUCUGGAAUCUAGCUCUGAGAAUCAGUGAUGGCAGAGGUCUUUUCAUUAAAGAAGUCCCUUUCCCCCACCGCGAUGUUGAACAUUUUCCUAUCUGUCAUUUAAAAUUCUACAUCCUUA